CGGCAUUGUGGACUACAUUUACAUAUAUUGUCUGCCAUAAGAAACAAGCAGUUGUUGAGUAGAACAUAGUUGAAGUCACACAUAACAAUACUAUAAGAACAGGCAUCAGGAUUUAAAAUUUGAUAACAUUCAGAAGACCAAGCUAUAAAGAACAACAGAAAAACAGGAUGGAAACUACUUUUCAAAUUAUUUUCAUCUUAUUGCUGUCAAUUUGCUCUGCUGAAAAAAAUUGUUACUACAAGAAUGUUUCUAUACUAACCCAACAAAACAAAACAUUGUCAUUUAAUGGCUCUCCCUACAACUGUAAAUGUGUUGAUGACAAUGAUGGAAAUGUCCCUUAUCUUAUGUGCACCAAGGACUCCUCAGAAAAUGCUACUUUAAAUAUGAUAAUUAUUCAAAAUCAACCAUCAUCCAAGGCAGCUCAGAAUGACUCUUCAAAGAUUACAUUACAAGAAAAAAAUAUCCAGCAAUCUAAUAACUCUGUGGUGCAAGCUGAUGGCUCAAGCAAUAGCUCUGUUUCAAACUCAAACAAAACUGUCAAUUACUGUAAAAACUCCACUGUUUCUAAUGAUACAAAUGUGAGUCCUGUGACAGAUACCCAACAUUUCAAUUUUGAGACUGAAGACAAAGCUCCAGAAAGCAAUGUUUCAACUGGAAAUAAUUUAGAAGUUACAAAUGAUACAGCUGUAAAUACAUCAAGUAACUCAAUCCAACACAUAAACAAUAACACAACAGAAAUUUUAAAUAGUAGUGUAAAAACUGGAGAUCAUCAACUUGUGAAUAUGUCAACUAGGGGAAAUACAACAAGAGAAAAUGGCACAGCAGUAAGAAAUAGUGAAGAAACAACUAUGAAAAAUGUCAGUUCUUCAGAUGGAAAAAUAACAAGGGAAAUAAGAACAGUGAAUGAUUCAAAUAUUGCCAAUGGAGAAAAUGUAGAAAAGGGUCCUAACUCUACCAGUACAGGCCAAGGGCAAAAUAUUUCAAUGACCCAACAUACAAAUGACACUGACAAAAACCUUGAUAAUCUUCCAGAAUCAUCCACAGUCAAAAACUUUGUAGCACUUGAAGCAGAAAGUUUCCAGGAAGAAUUAACAAACUUCAGCAAGAGGGGUGACAUGCCAAACAAGACUGCUACUAAUGAAACUAUAAACAAUGAUCAACAAACUAUAAAUGGUACUACUGUGAAAAAUGAUAGUGCUGAAGCUGUCACACCAAACACAAAAAGUAAGAUCAAAAACGUAAAUGGUUCGCAGUAUGCAGUCAGGAGUACAGCUGAAAUUUCCAACCCUUCUGCUGCUGAUGAAACUAAAUAUAAGAACAACAAGGCAAAUGCAACAGUGUCAAAUAAGACUAAUGCAGAAAGAGACAAUGGUACAAAGAAUGGGACCAAUUUUUCAACAAAUACCACUGUGGCCAAACAUAAUAUGAGUUCUCCUCUCAUGAGUAACUUGAAUUUGGUGAGUCUGACUUUAAGGGAAAUAUUGUCUCUUGAAAUAACUACCCAAGCAAACAAUCCAACAUUGAUGAAGAAAAAUAAUAUUUCCAAAGCAGCUACAGGCAAUGUUUCCCUUGAAACCAAUGUUAUCUGAUGCUGACAACACUAUAUAUUCAAGAACUUCAGAAAAGAACAGAAUGCAAAAUCCAAAUAUGUAUCAAUAUUAUUUUCUUCCAUACAUACACCAAGAGGCACGUACAUAGUGUCAAUCAUUGCACCAACAGCAAUAAACUGUCAAAUUUGAGACCAAAUCCAUUUAAUAAUAGCAGUUAAAGUUUCACUAUCAAACAAUUAACCAAGACAUCUUAAAUAUGUAUUAUCUGUUUUAAUACUUGCAUGGCAAACGUGUACAUUGACCACAAAGCUAGAUGUGUUUUGAUACACAAUAUAUAAUACGUACAUGCAUGCAAACAUAUACAUAUAUAUAUUCACAUACACACACACAUACAUGCAUGCACAUGUGCACACACACACACACACACACACACAUAGUUCUCCAAUUCUUAUAUUUGAAACUGAAUGGUAAAAGCAACUGAAAUAAGUCUAUAAUAUAGUAUUGUAUAAAUAAUAUAUAUAUUCCAAACAUAUAUUUUACUAUAUGCAAGUCCUCUUUUCCCUUAAUAUUUCUGUUUAUUAAAAUUUAUAGCAUAUCUGUCUACAUAUCUAAUAAGACAUUUAGCAAUAUAUGUAUAUGUGUGUACAGUCGCAUGUGUCUGUGUGUGUAUAUUAUACACACACACACACACACACACACACACACACACACACA